CUGACAAAUGUCAACCUAAUGUCUGACAACUCUAGUGACACUCUUAAAAUUAUACCAGAAGACAUGUCAGCGAUAAAUAAAAUAGAAGACACUAUGAAUGAAGCAUUGAUUGAAAAGCUGAGACAAUGUUUACCAAAGCAUCAGGAAAAUUCAGAGAAUAUAAAAAGUUUGCUGGCUAAGCUUUACACUCGUAUUACAUCUUCAGAUCGAAAAAUUCGAGAGCGUACACUGGAAACAUUUUGGAGCAAAGAGUACAACGUUAUAGAAAUAUUUAUGGUGUUACUGGAGGCUUGUAGAGAUAAUGCGGUGUGUUGUAACAUUACUGGAAUAUUGCAUGAAUGUAUAGCACCUCGGCAAUCCAAGGUGAAAUUAAAAGGAGCCAAAAAUAAGCACUCGAAAAGCGCCAGUCGUACAACCAUUGCUCAAUUGAUCCAGUUUGGUGGGACCCAAGUCUUCUUAAAACUCUUGAUAAAUUCACAGAGAAGCGAUAACACCAUGUCAGAAGUAUUAGUUCAUGAAAUUCUCUGGAUACUAAGUCAGAUUGCUCAAAAAGACGUCAAAUUUCCAUUAAAAGUAAGACUUUUAAACGUCACCAAAGUGUUUCAUACUUUAUUAAAACAUCAUUACAACGAUGCCCGACUUCUUCUUCCACUUCUUCUUAUUCUUAAAAGUAUCGCUAAAAAUACGUUUGCAGUUCAAAUUCUAAUGAAAGACGGAAUAGCGUCAACCUUUGAAAAAACUUUUCUCUGCAUCGGAUACACACCUAACUUAAAACUAAAAGUUUUAUUAGAAUGCCUGAAACAUUUCACAAGCAAUCGAGUUUGCUGUGCGAAAUUUGUGAAAGGAAAUUUAGUGCACAUGCUGAUGCGCGUUUUCGAUCGCUGGGACAGGUGGGACGGGCAACUGAGACAAAAAGUCGCCAACUACGGACUUUGCACUCUCCAUCACUUGUGCCUGAUAAAAUCUGGGAGAAAAGCACUGAAAGCCAACAAUGGUCUACAACAACUUUACCGCUUCUGCAGCAAUUGUCCUGAAACAAAAGCUUACGACUUUUUGCUUUCGCGUAUCUGUGGAAUUAUGAGCCAGUGUUUAGAGAAGAAAGAGCUGCCAGUACCUGAAAUGUCACCUGCUAAGUUCAAUCUACCAAAUGGUAAUGGGAAAAGAGCCAACAGUGUCGACAGUUACAGUGACGUUGAAAGUCAGGUCAAUUCUGUUGGGCGAGUUUGCAGUGACGCAGACUCAGUUGAUGACGACGAUGAUGAUAAUGAUGAUGAUGAGGAUGAUGAUAGCGGAGAUCAGAGUGCCUUGAAAAUAGAUAAAAAUAAAUUGGAACAAUUUAAUGAUAUAAAUGUUGACGAGGGGCAAUAUUUUGCUAGUGUUAUUACAUCUCAACGGUCUAUUGAAGAUCUUCUCGGGUAUAAUGUUCUUUUUCGAGAACUAGGUAAUUUAAAAACCCAAUUACAGAUGGAAAGUCUAUCAAAUUCAGAAGAAAACAUUGAGUCUGUAAUGAGCAAAGAAACAAAACGUACUAGCUUGUUAAAUCAUGUUACCAAAUUCUGGGAUUUAAGUAAUUUGACAGGUGUUUAUACGCACAUGACAGAUGAAGAAGCUUUACCGUACAGUGGAUAUUCGAGAAAAUUGCGUAUUUUGGACGGCAUCCCGUUGAACACACAAGACAAAUCAGUUUAUUGUACCUGUGCCAGUCGAGUAAGAAGUGUAAUAUCUUUUGUGAAGGUUGCGUAUCCCGAUCUUAUAGGUGGCUGUUGUCGUGGAAAUCCCGAGCCACUUAACGACAAAGAUAGAAAAGUUUGCCGAGCUAAGUUGUUAAACAGCGUAGACCGUGGACUUCGACCAAACUUGCUCACUCAGGAAGUGAUUUUUGACCUGGAUGCCCUGGCGAUGACUUGCCAAACCUCUGGAGGAGCAUCUGAAAGACUAACGGAUAGAUUGGUUUUGAGUAAUUCUGAUGAAUCACGAAUCGGUAAUCGUUGCGUCGAUACUAAGAGUUUAUUAUUCGAAUCUAGGUUCGAGAGCGGCAACUUACGAAAAGCUAUUCAGAUAGGUCCAAGAGAGUACGAUUUAAUUCUGACGCCGGACGUGAACAGUGGAUCGAGACACCAGUGGUUUUACUUCGAAGUUUCCAACAUGGAAGCAAACAUUCCUUAUACUUUUAAUAUUGUCAACUGCGAGAAAGCCAAUUCGCAGUUCAACUUCGGCAUGAAGCCAAUACUAUUUAGUGUUACAGAAGCACAAUUAGGUAGACCAGGCUGGGUGAGAACUGGCACUGAUAUCUGCUACUACAAAAAUUGCUACAGGAGACCUUGUCGUGGGAAAAAUUAUCUGACCACUUCUUUUAAUGUUGUCUUCCCUCACUCAUACGAUAUUUGUUACCUGGCCUACCAUUUCCCAUACACCUACAGCCAGUUAAUGACUCACAUAUGGAGGUGGUCGCGACGACUCGAAAAAGAACCGAUUCAUUUUUCCGCAGAGAUGCUCUGCAAUACUUUGAAUAAUAAUGAUUGUCCGCUCUUGACAAUAACUUCUCCAGAAUCAACGGCAAAUCCAAUUAGCAAAAGAAAAGUUAUUUUUUUAACAUCACGGGUCCAUCCUGGCGAGAGUAAUUCAUCCUGGAUUAUUCACGGUACUUUAGAAACUCUUCUUGGAGAUAGUACUUACGCUAAAAGUCUUCGAGAUGAUUAUAUUUUUAAAAUAAUACCUAUGCUGAACAUAGAAGGUGUUAUCAACGGUUGGUGA